CCUGACGUGCUGGAUGUGAGAUGGCCACGCCCUCGAUGCGCAGCACUGACUCACUGUGACGGACAUCACAUCACAAAAAACAACACGACAAACAGCAGACAUGAGCGAAUCAGAGACGCGUCAGAGACUGCUGCGCAGCGUCAAGAAGGAGGUCAAGCAGAUUAUGGAAGAGGCCGUGACCCGCAAGUUUGUGCAUGAAGACAGCAGUCACAUAUUUUCAUUCUGCGGUGUUGUGGAAGCGUGCGUGCUUCACAGACUCAGGCGACGGGCCGCAGGUUUUCUGCGCAGUAACAAAAUCGCCGCUCUUUUCAUGAAGGUGGGGAAAAUGUUUCCUCCAGCCGAGGAACUGUGUAGAAAGGUUCAGGAACUGGAACAGAUCAUUGAGAACAAACAAAACCAUGGUCAGAUGAGUCAGGACAGUGUCCGAAAACAGUCUGGAUUGACCAACCUGUCCCCUCUGGCCAUUAAAUACCUCUGGAUUCGCACAGCGCUCACAGAGAAAGUGCUGGAUAAAAUCGUCCUUUACUUGGUGGAGAACAGCAGUAAAUUCUUUGAAAGAGAAGCUCUGUUGAGAGACCCAGUCGACGGUCCAAUCCUUGCAUCUUUGCUGGUUGGUCCGUGCGCUUUAGAGUACACUAAAGCAAAGACAGCCAAUCACUUCUGGACAGAUCCAUCAGCUGAUGAAUUAGUGCAGAGACAUCGCAUUCACAGCGGUCACUGCCGACAGGACUCGCCCACUAAACGCCCGGCUCUUAUCCAGAAGAGGCAGUCCAGUGGCAGUAUGGAUGACAGACCUUCUUUUUGGGCUCGGGAUUACGUUGAAUCUCUUCAUCAGAAUUCCAGAGCCACGCUGCUUUUUGGGAAGAACAAUGUCCUGGUGCAGCCGACGGAUGAUAUGGAAUCUAUCCCAGGAUACCUUUCCCUUCACCAGACCGCAGAUCUGAUGACACUAAAGUGGACACCAAACCAGCUGAUGAACGGAAGCGUGGGAGAGUUGGAUUAUGAGAAAAGUGUUUACUGGCAUUACGCAAUGACCAUUCGUCUUGAGGAAAUUGUGUAUUUGCACUGCCAUCAGCAAGUGGACAGUGGUGGGACGGUGGUGUUGGUAAGCCAGGAUGGGAUCCAGAGACCUCCAUUCCGGUUUCCAAAAGGAGGUCAUCUCCUUCAGUUCCUCACAUGUUUGGAAACGGGUCUCCUGCCUCACGGACAGUUAGAUCCUCCUCUGUGGUCUCAAAGAGGAAAGGGAAAGGUUUUCCCAAAACUGCGCAAAAGAAGCCCGCACGGGUCCUACGAGUCGUUCUCCGACAAAGACGAAGACGAAGCUACCGAUUAUGUUUUUCGAAUAAUAUAUCCGGGCAGUCAAGAAUUUGUGGCACCAGAACUGAUAGACCAGAGUGUGAAUCUGUGGCAGCCCACCCCCAGAAAAUCCUCCUGUUCCUCCUGCUCACAGAACGGCUCGUCGGAUGGAGGACUUCCCAACGGAUGCAACCAUGACAGGGCACCACUGAAGUUACUCUGUGAGACCAUGAAACACCAGAUCAUUUCUCGUGCUUUCUACGGCUGGCUGGCGUACUGUCGUCACCUGUCCACGGUCCGAACGCACCUGUCGGCUCUGGUAAACCCCACCAUUGUUGAGCCUGACAUUCCCUAUGAUGCCAAAGGUGGGCUCUCCGCAGAAGUAUGGAAAACUUUUCUACAGGACAGUUCUGCGUACGAGGAAGAGGAACUCCUGCGGCUGGUUUACUACGGAGGCGUGGAGCCGUCUCUGCGUAAGGAGGUCUGGCCCUUCCUGUUAGGACACUACCACUUCAACAUGACCCUGAAAGAAAGACAAGAGGUGGAUGAGCAGGUUCGAGCGUGUUACGAGCAGACUAUGAGCGAGUGGUUGGGAUGCGAGGCUAUCGUGAGACAGCGUGAGAAGGAACAGCACGCCGCUGCUUUGGCUAAAUGUGCGUCAGGUGCCAGCGUGGAAUCGCGCCAGGACUCCACCAUCAGUACCGAUUCUCAGAGCAGCUCAGAGAAACGGAGUCUUGCGUGUUCAAAGAGCGACUCUAACAGCAGCACUCAGGUAUUUGGGUCCGUGGAUGAGGUGGACCCAAUUGAAUCUGAGCCCAAACCAAAAGACGAGAAGCCACAGCCCAAGAUCCCGAACGGGACGCUUCCAAACUGUACCAGUUCUCCAGACUCCGGGCAUCCGUCGUCUCGUAACUUCUCUGUGACGUCCGGCCUCUCAGACUGCUCUCCGAGCACGGAGGAGACGUCUGCCCAAGAGGCCGGACCCAAAACUACAGCACAAGAUCCACAGACAGCAAAAUCUGAAGUCCCCUCCGGUUCUGACCCAGAUGAGAAGCUGACAGAAAACAGCUCGACUGCUCGGGAAGAAACCGAUGACGGCACUGUCGUCACACAAAUAAAGAACCUCGGCCCUAAGGUUGAGCUGGAUAAACCCACAGAAAGUGACAAACCCCAAACAUAUGAUGCUGAAGAAAUGAAAACUCAUCGGUCUGAUGUGAAUCCAUCUGAAAGUGUAGAAAACACCACAGCAAGUGAAGACGCCGUAUGCUCCCUGAAAGAAAACACAAAAUCAGAGAGUGAGCAAGAAACCGGUUUGAAAGAAAACAAAGACACAAAAGAAGAUAUCACAAAAGUGAUAAAUAUAGAGGAUGCCAAAAUCUCUCAAAUGGACAAAAACAAAGCAGAUGUUUUAGGAGAACGCAGAGCCUUCAGCUUAGAGAUGUCCAAUGACCUUCGGGUGGAAACAACUUCUGAGCUUUCAACAAAAUCACAAGAUGAAUCACAGAAUGGGAAAGAUCUUCACAUGUACAACAUCACAGCUCCACAAACUAUCGGCUGGGAAUCUGAUCACAGAUCCAAUCCAAUCAAAUCUGAGUCUCCCAUCACCUCGCUAUCAAAACUCUCUCCGGAUAUGUCAGACGACUCUCCGUCAGCCCUAGAGAUGGAGGAGAUCCCAUCCUCUGUGGUCUUCGUGUCUUCAGAGAUUAACAUACUGAAUCAGCCUCUCACCCUGAGCCGCCCCAUGGCCAUGUCCGGAGAGAAAUCAAUGGGAAUGCCGGCUCUGGAGCUCUGUAUGGAUCCGGGUGUUAACACCAGCCCGGAGGAGACCGAAUCGGCUCUCUCAGAGGAGGAACCAGAGAUGGAGAACCUAUUCCCCAAACCCGACUCGCUGACAGUCACAGGAGAACACAAGAAUGAUGUCGCAUCUCCUGCGUCGUCUAUUGGGACAACUUACUCUCAGGAACUGGUUGAUCUGUACACGCUUAACCUGCACCGGAUUGAUAAAGACGUCCAGCGCUGUGACAGAAACUUUUGGUAUUUCACCACGGCUAACUUAGAGAAACUGCGUAAUAUCAUGUGCAGUUACGUGUGGCAACACCUUGACAUUGGAUACGUCCAGGGAAUGUGUGACUUACUCGCACCUCUGCUUGUCAUCCUGGAUGAUGAGGCCAAAGCCUUCAGCUGCUUUACUGAGCUCAUGAAGAGAAUGAAUCAAAACUUUCCUCACGGUGGAGCCAUGGACAGACACUUUGCCAACAUGCGAUCUCUUAUACAGAUUUUGGACUCUGAGCUCUUUGAACUCAUGCAGCAGAAUGGAGAUUACACGCACUUCUACUUCUGUUACCGCUGGUUCCUCUUAGACUUCAAGAGAGAAAUGGUGUAUGAUGAUGUAUUCUCUGUGUGGGAAACCAUCUGGGCGGCCCGUUACACCUCAUCCCAACACUUUGUGCUCUUCAUCGCGCUGGCAUUGGUCGAGCUGUAUCGAGACAUCAUCCUGGAGAACAACAUGGAUUUCACCGACAUCAUCAAGUUCUUUAAUGAAAUGGCAGAACAUCAUGAUGUCCCCAAGCUUCUGGUGAUGGCUCGAGAAUUAGUCCACAAGGUCCAGAUUCUUAUUGAGAAUAAAUGAUUGUCUGUCUCAUUUUGCCUCCAUUACCAAAUUUUAGCCCCUUUACUGGCGCUGUCCUGUGAGCGGGACACCUGAGUUCAAUAUUUUGCAUGUUAAUGUUAAUCUAAAAACUAUAUAUUAUUGGAAAGGUCUAAGAAUUUUCAUAUAGAAAACCUCUUAUUAGUAAUAAUAAUGCAGUGACAGUAAUUUAUUAAUUAGUGACAAGAGUAUGCAGCGAAAUGCUGACACCUAUUGGCCGUUGUUGGUAAAACCACUAAAAGUGUAGUAUAUUAUGUAUAAAAUAUAUACUUUACUGCAUUAUUUUAUUUAUUACAAUAAAUGUAAACUGCUAUCAUUUUUUUUUAUCUCCAUACACUUUAAAAACAAGACCAAGAUAAGGCUUCUAGACCCCCCAAAAAAUGCCAGAUUUAAAUUAAAUUGAAUACAAAAAGGGCUGCGCCAGUUAAGGGGUUAAAGACAUUCAGUGUUUGUUUUUGGUGAUAAUAACAAAACUCUCAGAAAGAAACAGAUGACAAUAUAGCAGACAGAGAGAGAGAGAGAGAGAAAUAGUUUUUAUAAUGUUAUGGAUGUUACAAAUGAUAAAAUAUUAUAUAAAAAAUGUAAAAGAUUAUCUAUAAAUCAAGUGUGUGACCAAAUACUAAAAGAUGCCCUUUCUAAUACAGAUUUAGAUCGAUUUAGAUCUAAAAGCACAAAGUAUUUAAAACAACGUUGUAUAUUGAUUUAUUUUUUAAAUAAGUGGAAAUCAGAGAUGGUUCAUUAUCUGUCACAAAUAUUACUGUCAAUGUUGAUUAUAGUUCAGAUAUCACCAUACAGUAUUUGCACGAAGGUUUUGUCUGUGAAAUCAGACAGUAGAUGUUAUCAUGUUUUGAUGGUGAUCGGAGUAAAAACACCCCAAAAUCAAAAGAAAUAAGAUUUACGUCAAAGAAAUAAAUAAACGCCUAUUUUUAAAGGAAUUAAAAGGACUUUGCAAUGUGACAUGAUUUUUGUGUCAUGGUGCACAAAAUCUUAAUCAUUCUUUACAAAAGCUUUUUAUUUUUUAAUCCCGAAUAUAAAUAAAUGACAGGGUGAUGGUGAUGUCAUUGACUGUAUUGAUCAUACUUUCAUUAAUAUGUUGAGCUGCUAUACAAUGAAGUACCUCACUCAACUUUACUGUAAAACAAUCACCAGAGAUACUUUCAUCUGUAUUGAUCUUUUUGCCUUAAGUUACUCUGUUCAGGGACGCAUGCGGUGGCCGCUGGUGUCACAAAGCCAUUAUGUGUGUGUGUGUGUGUGUGUGUGUGUGUGUGUGUGUGUGUGUGUGUGUGUGUGUGUGAGAGACUGAGUUUUAGGUUGUAGCAAAUGUUCAUAUAUAUCUGAUAUAUGCCAUAUUGAUGUGCGUGCGUGUGAGUCUCUGAAUUACCAGCAGUCAAACAUGUGUGGUUAUUUCAUACUUUUAGCACUUGUUAGAUUGAAUGUGAUUGUAGUAAUCUGAUAAAGCACCUGUAAUUCUGACUGAUUGUUUGAAGUGCCAGUGUUAUCAAAAACUCCCUCCUUAUAUGCCAAUUUGAUCUCUUUAUCAGUUUUCUUUGUAUGUAUUGCUGUUAUAAACUCUUUAUCAUUAGCUUACAUUGAAUGAUAGUGUAUGUAGGCCAGAAUAUUAUAAUAUCUAAACGUUUGAAAUGUGCAUUCAACUGAUAAAUGACACGAAACGCUGACAACAGACACAAAAGAUUUGUUGAAAUUCUUCUGGAAUCGUAUAUAUUUUUAUUGUACUCUGUGAAUCUACAUAGUAAACUGUCAAAACUGCGUGCUGCAUAUGAUAUAAUCUGUAUUAUAAUAUUUAAUAAAUGUGUGUGUUGACUGA